AGAUCUGUCCAUAGUGCCUUCAUUAAUCCCCCACCUGGUCUGCGGACUGAGUCCGUGACACGCAGUUAAACUGUAAGUGGGGAAAAGAUGGCGAGCGAAGAGGAGGUUUCCUGUGCCCCAGUUUCCUCCUCUUCAUCUGUACGCUUAGAGGCCCUUUUCCCAGCUGUAGGGACCGAACAAGCCAGCGGAGAGGGGAACCCGGAGUUAGUCCGACUUCGGGAGCGGCUCCAGGGCUGGCUGUCGCCGUACGAAGCCGUGCUUUUGUGGGCACAGAGGCUGCUGGUGUGGGAGAGGCCGCUUCACAGCAUUUGUGCCGCUUUUACCUUGAACACCCUGUUCUGGCUGUUGUCAUCCUCGUUUUUGAGACCCCUAUUUCUACUCAGCGUCUUCUUGCUCGGGAUCUUGCUGUUAGAAAGAUGGAAGGACAAGUUACCCCGCAUUAAUGUGCAGCACCCAGAAGCGUCCGUCACUGAAAGGGAGACUGUGAGUGUGCACCCCAAGCUCCUCAGCAUUCCAGAGCUCAGUCACCAUGUUGCUGAGAGCUACAUCACCUGUAGUCUCUACAUCCAGGAAAUGCUGCAGUACAAAAGGCUGAACCAUGGCAAGUUCUGUAUGCUGACGUGUGCAGGAUGUAUGGUACUGGCCAUCGUGGGACAUUACAUACCAGGAAUCAUGAUCUCAUACAUUAUAUUGAUAAGCGUGUUACUCUGGCCCCUGGUGGUGUACCACGAGCUGAUCCAGAAGAUGUACACUGGCCUGGAGCCCAUCCUGAUGAAGCUGGACUACAGCAUGAAGGGCGGCACGCAGCACCGGAAGCAUGACAAAAAGAAGACUAAAAAAGAGACAGAGGAGGGUGAUGAGCCUCAGGCAGAGACUGAGAGUGAAAGUGAAGAGGAAUUGCCCUGCUUUGCCCCCACGGUGGAUGUGAAGACCACGGCCUUAGCCAUGGCCAUCACGGACUCUGAGCUCUCCGACGAGGAGGCCUCAAUCCUGGAGAGUGGAGGAUUCUCUGUGUCCCGAGCUACUACUCCUCAGCUCACUGAUGUCUCUGAAGACCUGGAUCAGCAGAGUAUAACCAGCGAACCAGAGGAGGCCUUCUCACAAGAUCUUCCAGAGUUUCCUUCUGUUGAUGAAUUCUCCUCCAUUGAGCAUGGCCUGCCCCAAGUCUUCGCAACUCUGCCUGGUUGUGGUCUGGGGCUUACCAUGGACACCCAGGAGGGGGAGCCGCAGAGUCCAGCCAGUCUCCUCUUCCAGCACUUGGCAUCGCCUUUACACUUUGUGAACACACACUUUAACGGGCAUGGAAGACUAGUAAAGGGAAGCCAGGGGGGUGCUGAGGGUAUGAAGGAGACCCCUCGAGGUGCUAGCCUUUCUCUGGAGGCCCUCAGCGAGGAGAUAGUGAGUACGGCGAUUUCCACUGUGGUGCAGAACACUCUAACAGCCAUGUUGCACUCUAGUGAGGCCAGGGAGGACCCCUCCAUAGAUGAGUUCUUGCCAGCUGAGACAACUGCAUUGCAAAGCACUUUGUUCAGUGAGACCGAGCUGAACGAUGGGAGUACAGCCACGCCAACAACAGACACUGCGGAAAGUCCCAUCGAACCACACGCCCUCACUGAGGAAGAGGACUUUGAGCUGCUGGACCAAAGUGAACUGGAGCAGAUGGAUGAGGAAUUGGGUUUGAUCUCUGAGAACCAGGGCUCCGCCGUAGCUGGGUCCACAGCACCUGACCUGAGCCGCCAUACCCAGCAGUCCUAGCUUUCUCGCUGCUUGUGCUAAAAGUAUAUUUUAUUUAUAUUAUGUAUAGCUACACAAUCUCCCAGCAUACACAUGUACCACAGUUACUAGAUCUGUUGUAGAUGACUGUGCUUUGGGAUCAGCAAAUACUGACAGAAUACUAACAAUCAAUACUUUACACUGCAAACAUGAAGGUCUGAAGGGAGACUUUGGGAAAGUUUUAAUUCUUCUGGCCAGAUGAAUAAGCCACCACAGUUUGCAAGCUGUUUGAGUUUUUAGACAUGAUUCAUUACAAUCUAAAUGAAGAUUGUUCUUUUACCAAAUCAGAUGUUUUAUUUUUUAAUUAUAUGCUAUAUAAUCUUUAAUAUUUGCUAUCCCAGUUGUAUAAAAUACAGUGUAUAACUAAAUUGAAGAAAUGAAUAACUAAAUAUAUUGUUGGGAUCUUGUGCAAUACUUUUAAAAACAUUGCACUACUAUUCAGCACUAGAAAACUUGUUUUAAUUGUUUACAAUAAAGAAUACCUUGGAUGAUAUUUUAAACUGUACAGUGAAUUAAAUGCAAAUUAAGGUCAAUUUGAGCAAACAAUUCACAUUUCAUUGUGGAAGUAUCUCAAGCCUCCUUAGAUGAUCGUGAAGAUUAUAGACCAUGAUCCAAAGUUCUGUGGUGUGGCUUCUAAAAUGCAGUUACUGAAAGUCUCCCAACGAAGUCUUGCGUGCUGUUGAUAUUUAUACUUGCAGUAUUCUGUCAUGCCCAUUAAUGGCUAGAUAAAACCGAAUGGUGUGAUUUUUACAGAAAUACGGCGAAGGUGACUGAAACGUUAAUUCAUCAUUAGCAAACUGUUCAUGUUAAAAUCCGCAUUGAGAUCUGCAGCUUGGCUAAACUAACAUUUUGCACUUGUCAUUUUAACUCACAGUAAGACUAUUUUGUAGAGUUUGUCAUGUUUUCAUAUGUAUUGCUUAUGUAUUUCUCAUUAACAACGUGAAACGAAAUUGCAAAACUUCUUGCUCAGUUUGUAAAUUUCCAUUUGUCUUGUUGUAACUCCCGGUUAUGUUGAUAAGUAAUUACUGUCUGAUUACUUUUCUGAAAGACAUGUUCUCUCCAAAUGACUUCUCAUCAGCCCAAUGGUGGCUCUGUAGUUCAGUUUAGCCUGACAGCCUUCACGUGUGGCUGUGAUUCCUGUCCAGGCUCUACACACAUGGUGUUUGCAUGCGCUCCUCACGUUCUCCAGGGUUUUGUGGCGGUGCUUUGGUUUUGUCUCUCAGACAGGUGGAUUGGCAUCCCUGAAAAUAUCUUUCUGCAUGCGUGUGUGUCCUGAGAUGGACUGGUGUUCCACCUCAGCUGUUUACCAUAGACCCUGUGCUUCCCGAAGUAGGCAACAGUCUCUGCAUGACUUUGAAAAUUGUUCACCCAUUUUUUUUCCUUAUAUCUUCAGUCUAAAUAGGUCCUUGGAAAAACCCCACACAUAAAUUUUAUCAUGAUUCUAGACCCAAGAACCACCAAGAACCUACUUUUCAGUAAGCUUGAGUCACUCCACCUAAAAUAAGCACUUAAAAUAACAUUCCUUCCAUAAAAAAUAGCCAGAACCCAAUGUGUUUUUUCAUGGUUUUUGACAAAAUGUGGUCCAUACAAAAAAUGUCCUGCAUUUUUGACUGUAUGAGUUUUUAGAUAUUUUUCCCUUAACUGUAAAGUGAAAAUUUGGAUAUUUUAUGUAGAUGUAUUUUCUUGUUUAUGUAUUCAAGAUGUACUUGUGCAGUUCUGCUUAAAGUUGCUUUCUGAGCUAUAAAGGCAUUUAAAAUAGGA